AUGAGUAACGCACAGAACAGAGGCGGGGCCCGGAAGAUUUCCUUCAACGUCAGCGAGCAGUAUGACAUCCAGGACGUUGUCGGCGAAGGCGCCUAUGGCGUCGUGUGUUCUGCCAUCCACAAGCCUUCCGGGCAGAAGGUCGCCAUCAAGAAAAUCACUCCGUUCGACCAUUCCAUGUUCUGCCUGCGGACGCUGCGCGAAAUGAAGCUGUUGCGGUAUUUCAACCACGAGAACAUCAUCUCCAUCCUCGAUAUCCAGAAGCCGCGGAGCUACGAGACGUUCAACGAGGUCUACUUAAUCCAGGAACUCAUGGAGACGGACAUGCAUCGCGUGAUUCGGACACAAGAACUCUCCGAUGACCACUGCCAGUACUUCAUCUACCAGACGUUGCGCGCUCUCAAGGCGAUGCACUCGGCCAACGUGCUCCACCGGGACUUGAAGCCGUCCAACCUGUUGCUCAACGCUAACUGCGAUCUCAAGGUCUGCGACUUUGGCCUGGCCCGGUCGGCAGCGUCGCAGGAUGACAACUCUGGCUUCAUGACGGAAUACGUGGCAACGCGUUGGUACCGUGCCCCGGAGAUCAUGUUGACCUUCAAGGAGUACACAAAGGCGAUCGACGUCUGGUCUGUGGGCUGCAUUCUGGCUGAGAUGCUCAGCGGCAAGCCCCUGUUCCCGGGCAAGGACUACCACCACCAGCUCACGUUGAUCCUGGAUGUCCUGGGAACGCCGACGAUGGAGGACUACUACGGCAUCAAGUCGCGCCGCGCGCGCGAGUACAUUCGAUCGCUACCCUUCAAGAAGAAGGUGCCCUUCCGGACGCUGUUUCCCAACACGUCGGAGCUGGCCCUCGACCUUCUGGAAAAGCUCCUCGCAUUCAACCCCGUCAAGCGCAUCACGGUCGAGGAGGCCCUCAAACAUCCCUACCUCGAGCCGUACCACGACCCAGAUGACGAGCCAACUGCGCCUCCUAUCCCGGAGGAAUUCUUCGAUUUUGACAAGCACAAGGAUAGCCUCAGCAAGGAACAGCUGAAGCAGCUGAUCUACCAGGAGAUAAUGAGGUAG